AGCAACCCAAAAUCUCUUGUGUCCUAGUUAAGUUGCAUUUUUUUUUAAAUCCUUUUCUCUAAAAUUUUGUAACGCCUCAAGAAGGCCGAAUGGAUGUGGCGUUUUGUUUGGGAUUUUAUUUCGAUAGUUCACUACCGGAUACUGUUGUGUUUUGUUGGCGGAUUUAACAUUUUCCGUUAACUGCAAGUGCAGGAGGCAAGAAACGAGAAUGGAGGUAUCCCAGAGACGAGUUCUUCAAAAACAUCUGGAACCUGCGCGACCUCUGCGUCGGUGCGUCUGUAUUGACAGCGCCCAACAGCAGGAAAGAAAUGCUGACUUGUGCACACAGGCACCUUUGGAGGCAAAUGUUGGUGUAGAGCAGUUACACAAGAUUGUCCACCAUGACAAAUUGAAACAAGGACGAAUACCAGUACGUUACACAAGAGAUUUUUUAAUUGGUUUGGCAAGUUGUCCAGAAGCCAUGACAAAGCCAGAAUUCUUGCCAGACCACCCGAUAGUUUUGCCAAAGGCAAGAGAUCCCGGGCUGCUAAGGCUUCAUGAAAUGAGGUGGAAUGGGAAGCAUGAAGAGGAGUAACAGGGUUGCAGAAAGCCUUAAUGCAGCUUAAGAAAUUAGCACAGAUGUUUGGUGUUCAUUCCAGAGUGUGUUUUGUGGUGUUUUAUAUUUCUUUUAUUGUUGAAUUUAAUUUAAGUUGAUAUUGCUGUAUAGUUGUUUUUGUCUACACUAACAUUUUGAAGUUAACUGACAUGUACUAACAUGAAACACCACUUUAAGUGUGACUAAAUGUUUUUUUUUGCUUGUGUUGUGUGAGAUUUUGACUGUAGAUGGUUAUUUAUAUAUUGCAUGGUUUUCCAAAUACUUAUUUGACAAGAUUUUGCAAUGUUGAAGUCAGAACUGAACACAUUUUAGUUAAAGAAAUGUGGGAGGGGACAAAAAAUGCAGUUUUGCUCAAACCUCCUUCCUUAACACAAAUAAUUGUCAGUCAUCUCUGAAGUCAACAUGAUGUUUGACACCAGCUGUUUGCUGCAUUCUGAUCUCAUACACUGUAACUUUGUGAGCCAUUUCCGGUAAUAAAGAACAGGUUGACUGUCAGUUUUCAGGCUUCAUUUAUAACCUUUGCAUACACUCAACAUGGGACCUGAAAGAGGCAU